AAGCUAGAGAAUAAUAAUUAAAAUAAACAAAAGACACAACACAGCAUCAGGAUUCUCUCACCGGAAACACACAAAAUGGAGUCAUCAUCGUCAUCAACGUUUCUCACUACCACAAGCUUAGACCAGAGGAAACCGUCUCCGGUUUCGAGAAAACCACCAAAGCAAAAGAAGAAGAUGACUUCAAGUUCAACGAACAAACCCAUCAAAGUGCGUUACAUAUCAAACCCCAUGAGAGUCAAAACUUGUGCUUCCAAGUUCAGGGAGCUUGUACAAGAGCUCACCGGCCAAGACGCCGUCGAUCUUGAACCGGAGCCCGCCGUGUUUUCUUCCCCAUCCCCUGUCUCCGACCACAGCCCUCCUUCUCCGCCGCCGGAGAAUCUUGCGCCACGUGUUCUUCAUCAGGAGCCGUUCGAUGAUCGGGUGCCUGAUUAUUACGAGCCUUUGGAUGGGGAAGAGAUGUUUUUUCCUCAAAUGUCGGCAGGUUUUUCUGGCUUUUUUUCGAAUGGGUUUUACAAUGUGAAUGACUUUGGAAGAAUCGAUUCUAUGUGAAAUCUUUGGACUUCGUUUACAUCAAGUACAUAUAUAAAUUAUGAAAUAGAUACUUGAAUUUAACAAAAACUAAAUGAUAGAUGGAUCUAUAUAAAUUACUAGGGUUUAUGGAGCGAGUUGUAUGGGUUAAGUCCUCUUGUGAAAAGUUUUGAAUGGAUCUUUCGAUAUGCUUUAUUUCUUAAUUCAUUUUUGAUAAGCUUGUGUUGCCUUUUCAUCAAAACUUCUGUAUACUGAUAUAUGAACCAUACUCAUCAUCAUCUAUAGUUUUUAUUUUAAUUAAGAAACAAGUCGUAAUCUAUAGUCAACGUCUAAUCAUCAA